AUGGUAGAUCACCAGUCACUGGCCAGUGCCCUCAACUUUGAUAUGAUCAUUCAAUCACCGGCGGUAGGUCUUGCUGGUGGCAUAGUUUUUAUGUGGAAAGAAGACCAAGUCGCAGUGGAAGAAGUGGCCACCACACCUCAAGGUAUUCAUGCAAUGGUUCAGGUAAGACCAAACCAUACCCCUUGGCUCUUUUCUGCAAUCUAUGCUAGCCCUUUGCUUGUAGAUAGGAAUAUGUUAUGGGAACAACUAGCAACUCUCUCCAGAACUGUAAAUAAUAACUGGUUUGUAGGGGGUGACUUCAAUGAAGUCUUAAAGGCUAGAGAUAAAUUUGGGGGGAAUCCUAUUAAUCUCAGCCGCAGUAACAACUUCUGGAAAUGCAUCAACACAUGCCAGUUAAUUGACCUAAGGUUUGAAACAAUGUGGGCUCGCCACCCCUCCUUCCCCAAUGUAAUAAGCCAAGCUUUUGCUGGUCAAGCUCCUCUAAUCCAGUCCACUGUCAGGUUCCAAGAGCUGGCAUCCAUUUGGAACCAUCAAGUCAUUGAAAACAUUUUCCAUAAGAAAAAAAGACUUGUAGCCAGAAUUCAUGCCAUCCAGAAUUCCCCUAGCUACCAAUUCAGUAGCUUUCUUCUACAGCUUGAGAAUGACCUCAAUGAGGAGCUAAACAGCAUACUCAAAAAUGAGGAAGACUUCUGGAAGCUGAAGUCUAGGAUUAACUGGCUCAAUGAGGGAGAUGCCAACACUAGGUCUUCCACACCUCCACCCUGA